AUGAGUAGUGUUCGACUGGCAGGGUGCAACCCGACGUUGCUGGACUUCGUUACGUGGGCCGUUCUCAAAGGCUGCCGCCUCUUCCAGCGAGUGCACAUUACGCCCCUCGGCCUCGUCGCUACGGAGCGAAUCCCCGAGUACGACUUCGUCGCGGUGGUGCCGGUGGAGGCAACACAGAGUCUGCUGAGCAUUGCCGACGACCCAACGUUUGCUCUGAAAGUGUCGCCCGAGACGCACGGUGACCCGGUCCCGUUCUGGGAGGACCUGAACCGCGGCUCCUUCGCUUUCGUCGGGUUCUUGACCAAAGUCCUCCUCACCGGCCAUCCGCGUGGGGUGCAGAGCUACCUAGACGUGCUGUCGUUUGAUCAGGCGAUGCCCAUUGGCAAGAUCGCCGACGCAGCGCAGGCGACCAAAGGUUACAAGGAAUGGACAGCCCCGUUGGUGGCGCAGUGCAAGGCAGAGGAGACCGACUUCGAUGUCAUCUUCCGGCACGCGUACUGCCUCUUCCGGCGGCACGCGAUCCCUUUUUGGUCCUCGAGCGAUCUCGGCAGCGCGGGACACCCGUACUUUCAGCACUCUCCUUACGCCCAACGCGGCUCUGGCGACUUGAUGGGCAUGGUGCCGGUGAUGGACCUGGCGUUGCACUCCCCAACGCCCAACGCGACUAUUGGUUACCCAGAUGAGGCGAUGCUGCAGUGGCUCUCGCAGCAAAAGAAGGCAGCGGUGCAGAAGGAAAAGGGCUACUUUGUCAUGCAGGCUCUGCGCGACAUUGAGGAGGGGGAGGUGAUUUCCGUCAACAAAAACGCAUACUUCAACUUCGAUGAUGACACGUUCAAGGCGUGGUUCGGCUACCCGAACACGUCGCAGGUAGCGGCGGAAACGGCGGACCCCACGAGUCCGACGCCGGCGAGCAUUCAACCCAAAGAAAACAAGGCGAGCUGA